AUGUCUCAGUUCCAGCCUCGCAUGUUGAUAGGCGGCCAGUUGGUCGAGGCCUCUGACAAGGCUAGCUUUCCCAUUUACAACCCGGCCACGCGCGAGAAGGUCGCCGAUGUCCCCGAAGCCACAGAAGCCGACGUCAACACCGCCGUCGCCGCCGCCAAGGACGCCUUCCCAGCAUGGUCGGCCCUCGACCCGGCCGCGCGCGGCGCCUACCUCAAGAAGCUCGCGGCCCUGAUCCGCCAAAACAACGCCGAGCUCGCCCUCCUCGAAGCUAGCUCCAUGGGCCGCCCCGUGUCCGAGUACAUUGACGGGUUCGCCGCCGCGGGCCACUUCGAGCACUACUCCGAGGCCUGGCCCCACAUCCAGGGCCAGUCCAGCCUCAACACCCCCGGCUUCGUGACCAUGACGUGGCGUCAGCCCUACGGCGUCGUGGGCGCCAUCAUCCCCUGGAACGUCCCCUUGCUCUUCUUCGCCAGCAAGGCGGCGCCCGCCCUCAUCGCCGGUAACACCGUGGUGCUCAAGUCCAGCGAAAAAGCACCCUGGCCGCCGCCCGCGUCGCCGAGCUCAUCCACGAAGCCGGGUUCCCGCCGGCGUGUUCAACGUCAUCUCGGGCCACGGCGUACCCUCCGGCGCGGCGCUGUCGGCGCACAUGGACGUGCGCGUGCUCACGUUUACUGGCUCCGACGCACGGGCCGCCUGAUCCAGGAGGUCGCGGCCAAGACCAACCUGAAAAAGGUGGUGCUCGAGCUCGGCGGCAAGUCGCCCGCCAUCGUCUUCGCCGACGCCGACGUCGAGAAAGCCGUGGCGGAGACGAUGCACUCGAUCCAGUGGAACAGCGGACAGGUGUGCAUGGCCAACUCGCGCGUGUACGUGCAGGAGGACGUGGCCCCGCGCUUCGUCGAGGCGUUUAAGCAGAAAUUCGCCGCCGUCAAGGCCGGGAACCCCGCGGAUAAAGAGGUGCAUCACGGCCCGCAGGCGGACGAGGUGCAGUACAAGAACGUCAUGGGCUUCAUCGAGGAAGGGAAGAAGACGGGUUCGCUGGCGCUGGGCGGCAACGGUACGCUCGACGCGACGGGGGAGGAGGUGUUCGGUCCCGUCGUCAACAUCAACACGUUUAAGACGGAGGAGGAGGCCGUGGCCAAGGCGAAUGACACUGUGUUUGGGCUGUACGCGGCGGUCUACACCAAGGACAUUUCGCGCGCUCUUCGCGUGGCCAAGGCGCUCGAGUCCGGCUACGUGGGUGUGAACACGACCAGCCCCCGCACGGGUAGGGAUAUGCCCUUUGGCGGGUACAAGAUGUCGGUGGAAAUUUAUAAUGUUCUCGUCAUGACUGGUGUUCCAUCGGUAGUUCUGUUUUAG